GACGUCGCGCGGCGUCGAGCCAUCCGCAGCAGGUGCACCAGUGAUCCGCCGGCUCGCUUCGUCUCCACCACCAGCCACGCACCACGCGACACCUCACAACACAGCCGCCGCGCCGCGCGCCGCCGCUCCAGCUCCAGCUGACGCACUCCAGCUCGCUGUCUUCCGGGCUCCUGCCGCGCUUCCAGGUCCGACGCUCGCUUCACCGACACAGGGCCGGCGCCGCCAUGCUGCUGCCACACCUGCUGCUCGCCUGUCUCCUGCUGUUCGGGGGUGCCCGCUGCGUGGACGACUCGGAGGGUUCUGAAGGCGGCGGACGGCAGCCCGCCGCGGAUGGCGGAGAGGCUGCGGAGGCGGCGUCGUCGGCGCAGGACCGCGGCGGCGGAGCGGGGGCGGGCGCCGGCGCCGGGGGCUCGCUGAGCGCCGCCGAGGAGCGCGACCGCGUGGGCGGCGACCAGCUGGCGCUGGAGGCGGGGCCGGCAGCGGGGGCGGCUCGCAAGCCGCCCUACUACGGGCCGCACCUACCGCCGCCACCGCCUCCGCCCCCGCACUUCUACCACGGGCCGCCCCCGCCACCCCUCGACGCGCUAGACAAGCUGUACGCGGCGGCUCCCGUGCCCGACGCCGCUUGGCCGGCGCCCAUGCCUGACAUGCCCAAGAUCAUCUCACUCGACGUCAAGUGCGAGCGCGACCUCAUGAAGGUGUACCUGGGCUUCGACAAGCCGUUCUACGGCAUCGUGUUCAGCAAGGGCCACUACAGCAACGUGAACUGCGUGCACCUGCCCGCCGGCCUGGGCCGCAAGGCGGCCACCUUCGACAUCAGCAUCCACUCGUGCGGCACCGCCGGCAACUCCGAGAACGGCCUCUACGGCUACGGCGCCGACUCCGGCUCCGGCACCUACUUCGAGAACAUCAUCGUCGUCCAGUACGACCCGCAGGUGCAGGAGGUGUGGGACCAGGCGAGGAAGCUGCGCUGCACGUGGCAUGACCAGUACGAGAAGUCCGUCACGUUCCGGCCCUUCCCCGUCGACAUGCUCGACGUCGUCAGGGCUGACUUCGCGGGAGACAACGUCGGCUGCUGGAUGCAGAUACAGGUGGGCAAAGGACCUUGGGCUUCCGAGGUGUCUGGGCUGGUGAAGAUCGGCCAGACGAUGACGAUGGUGCUGGCCAUCAAGGACGACGACUCGAAGUUCGACAUGCUGGUGAGGAACUGCAUGGCGCACGACGGGAAGCGCGCGCCCAUCCAACUGGUGGACCAGAAGGGCUGCGUCACCAGGCCCAAACUCAUGUCGCGCUUCACCAAGAUCAAGAACUUCGGCGCCAGCGCCUCCGUCCUCUCGUACGCGCACUUCCAAGCCUUCAAGUUCCCCGACUCGAUGGAGGUGCAUUUCCAGUGCACCAUCCAGAUCUGCCGCAACCAGUGCCCUGACCAGUGUUCCGAGGCGCCGCCGCUGGCGCUCUACGGGGCCGACACCAUCUACGGCCCGCCGCCGCAGCCCCUGGAGGCGUACCUGAACGCCGCGGGCGCGGCGCGUCCCCGGGAUGAGCGUCGCGUGCGCCGGCAGCGGCGGGAGGUGCCGCCCCACGACGCGCGCCGCCAGCAGGACGCCUCCGGCUCGACGCCGCCCCCGGAGAAGUCGGUGGGCGUGAACCGCGUCAUCCGCGUCGUGUCGACCGGCGACCUGACGUUCCCGCUGGACGAGGCGGCGGCGCGCCAGCAGGCCAUCCCCGUGGCCGAGGGCUCGACGGCGGGGGCGGGGGCGGGCCCGGACAGCGAGCCGGCGCCGCACCACCUCAUCUGCAUGACGACGCCCGGCUUCGCGGCGACGCUGGUGGUGCUGCUGGCCGUGCUGCUGGCGUCGUGCCUGGCGUCGGCGCUGCUGUGCGUGCGCCUGCGCCCGCUGCUCGCCGCCGCCCACAAGCAGCGCCGCCUGCACCCGCCGCCCCCGCCGCCCCCGCCGCAGCCCCUGCCCAAGGCGCGCAGCUGCUUCUACUCGUAGGCCCGCCCGCCGCGCCGGACUCGUCCGCGCGCUCUGCCCUUACCUCAGCCGCCGCGCGCGCCUACUCCUCAACCGCAUCACAGCUGCAGACACUUCUUCUCGGGCGUCCAUCUGUCUUACCUCCUUUCUUUAAAAUUCUUCCGUAGUCUUCUUCGUCUGCUGCCUGUCUAGGGAGGACGCCUUUACGGUGAUGGGAAUUCUGUGCGGUUACCCGCUACGACGAAUAAGCGACGUCAUUUUUAUGUGAGUAGGCUUUUACGGCCGAUGCUACAUCCAAUAAAAGCCUUCUGAUCGUGUGACUGCAGCGCGCAAAGUGUAGCAAUGUUUCGGACAUAUUACUACGGUUCAUCGUCAGGUUCCAUCUACCCUCUUCAUGAAGCUCCAGUAAGGGUCUCUGCAGGAUGACUCACGUUCUGUAGAAACACGUAAUAUUUCGUAAGUGACUUUGCUGCAUUAUUAAUAUUCGUAUCCAUUUAAUCCAUUUCACAUUUUUAUUUCUCAAUACACGUAAAAUGUGCCGCGACCGUGGUCUACCACUGCUACUGACCUUCAAAUUUACCAUAUUAAUUACCAAAAGUGUUAUUGAAACAGACAGAAAGUCGGUUUACAGCACUUGUUUUAAAAGUUCUCGUAUAGCAUUACAAAUUGCUUAAUUCCAGCUAUAAACCACGGCCGCCGUUCGAUGUUCGAGGGCUGGGAAAGUACGGUGUGGUUGUAAUUAAUGUGCAGCUACUCACAGAGGUCCUGUGUUAGCUGUAAUUGUCGUAUGGCAGCGAAACUUGCUAGAUACUCUGAAGCGUUAAUGCGGAAGCGAUUUACGCUGAAAAAAAUAAUUAAUUCAAAUUUUGGCUACCGGGUGCAAAUCUGGAACUCUGAAUGCAAGGAUAGAAAUUAAUUGGCGAUUCCAUGUCGUGCUGUCUGCACCAUUUUUCCGCGGCCUCAGUUUAUGUGAUCGCUCUAAGCUUGUGGUUGUAGCUUCAUACCAGUCCCUACCAAUUUUAAUUGUAUAUUACAGCAUUGAGGAUGGUCACUAAGUGACCGAAAAUCGUUUUGCUGAUUUUCCUUCCAAUUCUGUACGAAUAGAAAUGUUUCGGUAUGUAACGGAUUACGAACAGAACUUCGGAACAAAAGGUAAAACAAAUGAAAAGCCAUAAUGUUCACUCUAUUAUUACCACUGCUUACACAGUUUAUUCUGUAUUAGCACUUUAGAGGUCGACGAGAUGAUGUACAGUGCCAGAUUUUCAUAUGAUGGCCAGAAUUGGAACUAAGUUUUUCCAUAUCAAAGAAUUAACAUAUCUACCAAGUUACCUUGCCAUACAAUAAUUACUGCCCGUCCUAGACCUCCUUGAGUAGCUGCACCUUAAUUAACUAUAUCUGAUACUCCAAAAUACGUUUCUGGGCAUUAAAACUUGUUGAAAACAUUUUAGUGUUCUUGAGGCCAUUUUGAAACGUUCAUUGUCAGCAUGCUCUGUUACAGCAUGACAAGAGAAGUGAACAACUCAUCUUGUGGUUGAUUGAAUGACAAGAGAAUGUAGGUGCAGAAUCUUGGUACUUUAUUACUUACGUUUGUAACUGUCUGCUGGUAUUAGAAAAAACUGCGAUUCCCGUGGCGGCACUUAGCCGCGUGUGGAGCUUUUGCUACUUAAGGGUUCAACUACACUACGAUGUGCUCACACUUCCAGAGAUCUUUUAUUGUAACUGUUCACUUUUCUUUCUUUCACUGUUUUCUGUGGUACUGGAGUUUCACUUUUGCCUCUUCUGCCAUUCCUUCUCCAGUUAAAGUAUCGAUGCAGCAGACACACUAUUGGACAUUGUUGUCAUGGCUGCUGCAAAUGCUACCUCAUGUUUCUCACACUAACAACGAUCACAGCUUCGCAAAACAUUUUCUGGCUGGAUUUACCCUAGGCGCAUACAAUAGUUGGAGAUACAUUAACAAGAUCGUGCUGCCAAGUAGUUUCCCCAUAACAUCGGUCCGAAUACCUCUUCUAUGCAAUAAACUGCUAGGAAAUGUUUUCAACAGGUCAAGCAUUCCAUUCUUUGACUAACGCAUCACAGCUGUGAAUCGAAUUACGUGAACGUCACAGUAUCCGCCCUCCUAAAAUAGCACUGUGUACAAAUUUAGGAAAUACAGUAGACGUAAAAUGUGGAUCGAUCGUAUAUGUUCCUUAAGAACUGAUUAUGUGUACUUUUUAGUGCAUUACAUACAGAUCUUCUUCCAGAGCGAGUUUAAUCACAAAUAAAUUUAUGUUGGCUCCUAUUUUGAAACCUAUAAAUGGUUUUUCGGCUGCUCGACUGUCCUUUUCAUUCUCUCUGUUCUUAGGAACUUGACUUAUCUAGGAGCUUGCUGUUGCAGCACCUACGUACUUGCCUCGGAAAUAGUUCUGGUGUUUAGUAUUCUUCGUAAGUUACUUUCAUCCUAUCCCUUACUAUAGUGUGCAGAGCGCAUGAUCAGCUAUUGCUAUCGCGAAGUCACUGUAGCUUGGUCGACUCUUCAGUAUCGAGGAGCAAUAUUUCGUACAAAUAGCGUAAAACUUUAACUGUUGGUCAAAACUAAUAGCAAUGCAUCAGUGCACCUACUCAUAAAGUUGCACUACUGGGAACAGCAUUUUCGAAAGAUGACAUAGAUUCAGCUUCGUGACUCAGAUUAGUCCCUCCGAAUAUGUUUGCUUUGAUGCACUGCCGAAACUUCUGAUUACUUAUUUGAGUAAUCAGAAUUUUCGGAAAUGUAGUGAAACCAUAGACAUAGAUGUCACUGUACGUUGAUGGCUUCAUUUACUAGUGACACGGAAGUUCAAUGUCAUCAAUGACUGACGUUCGACGUACAUACUUUUCUAAUAAUACCAGACACAUGACUUCCACUUUUUUGACAGGUACGAGUCAAUUUAUAGUAAUAAUAUCAUUUAGUUGGAGAAGAGCAGCAGUGACACCUAUCGAUAGCAAACUGGUCAAAAACUCAAUGUACAUCCACCAUUUUAAUGUGUGUGUAAUUGUACUAUAUGCCACUUUUUAGUGCGUGAGAUAGUAAACUCCUCGCUCAUUUUUACGUCGCUGAAGGUCAAGUUUGUCUCCGAAAUCGUGGGUAACUUACAAACUCUAAAGACAACAACAGCAUUUGGUGUCUGCACAAGUACCUAAUACAAUCAUGCUUAAUGUUUUAUUGUGUAACACAGAGUGUACAGAACUGUUUCAUGACUUGACUAGGGUAUCUAAAGGGGAAAUGGUGCAAGUAGAAUUUAGUUCGAGACGUCUGUUUCCUUUCGUUACAAUAGAGUUUUCACAGGGAUUCCACAAGCGUUCCGAUUGGCUUGCUGUCUACCAGAACAACGUGACCACUUAUGUACCACUAAACAACAUUAUUAGGUUAGCCGUAUCUAAUUCCUUCUAAAUUUCUUUGAUAAGUACUACUAUGUGUUUACUAAAGUGAUUUUUUCUAUUAAUGUCUGUUUUACGUGUUCCUGUCAUGCCAGUGCAGUAUGUUAACCUGGAGAUGGGAAGCCAUUCUAGUAACGCUGGUCUGGAACGAUAUAGUCAGAAACAGUGGUGUCGUACCACUUCAAAAUGAGAAUUUUCUCUUCCCCUAUUAUUUAUUACAGAGAAUGAAGUAACAGAUUAAAAUAGUCAUAUGUGUACAUCCAGAAUGGCAGAGUUAUUGGAAAAGCAACUAGGUAGCGUCCUUCUUCGGUAUUUGUUAAGAAUAGUAUGACAGUAAAAGCCCAUUAAGAUAAGACGUUUGUAAAAGGUGUGCUAAAUAGUCUUUAAUCGUCUCUUCACUGAAAAGUGCGGUAACAUGUGUGCCUCUUCUCCCCACCAAAAUUACUAGUUGAACUGUGUGUCAUAUUUAGUCUUUCUGAGAAUGAAUACGUCUUUUUUCAACAACGUUGCCAGUCUGGAUAUAUUAAAAGUGUAAAUCUGUUUUCGAGAUUACUCUGUAUAUAGUCCACGUAUAAUAUAAGUAAUCUUUGUGUACAGAAUGUGUGAUCUAUUUAUUUGAGUGCGACUGUGUCAGUCGGGUACGUGUUAAGUGAUACAGGCAGGAACGCCGCCGUUCUGUCUGCUCACUAUUUAAUUCACUAUGAACGGCGACGAUCCUGCGGUAAUCAACAAUUAUUUAUGUCCUUCUGCGACACAACGUAGGCUUCGUGAACGAUGUUUGUAUUAAAAAAGAACGCAAACUGAAGCUACAGUUGUUCCAGUUUCAUAAAUACUUGUUUGCAUUAGUAAUAAAGAUUCACAAUGAAGAUAAUUUCUUUUGUUCAUAAUAUUAAAUGACUAUCAUAUGCUCGCAAGGUCUUCCAACAGACGUGAAUGUUGUAACGCAGAGACAGAAAUAAGAAUAUUAGGAAAAUCUUCAGAACGAAAUAUUCCCUUUGAUUGAAACAGGCCUAUGAAUUCACAGAGGAUGUACGCAGAGUGAUUCAACAGUGUCAGACCUUGAACUUCACAAAUGUAGUGGAUAUAAGAUGAAAAGAGAUUGCUUAACGCUCUAGGCAAUGUGUCACCAACACAUCUUGAAAAGUUAGCAUGGAAGUUUUGGAAUUUCGCCUUCGAUUUCAAUAGGCGGUGUCUUGUUCUAGCGGCCCGACUGCCGUGAAAGGGAUAGACUGCUUGUGCGCAUGUGUUUCAAUCAAAAUUUUAGUAGACGAUGCCGACUUCUUUUGUAAGUAGAUAUAUUGCAGGUCUACACUGGUGUACUAAUUCUCUGAGUGAUUAAGGUUCAAAAAGACCAUUAAUGUUAUGGGCCUCAGCCAAAAGCUGAAGAAACACAACUGAUUUUCCAUUAGCUGAGUGAAACAAAGUAAACUAUGAUGGGCAUCAGGCAGAAGAAAAAUAUAUUGUCCUUCUACUUUCUAUGACAUUUUGAUGAAGAUGUUACAUUUUCACAGAAAAUGUGGCAGCAGCUUAAUCCCUAGAAUUAAUUAUAACCCUUCGUCAAAUUGUACAAAAAUAAGUCACUACCUGAAAAAAUACCGAAAAUGGAAGAAAGUGCACCGGUAACACGUGAAAACUGAAGUGUUCCGUUUAAAAUAUGAAUGCUAAGGAAGCAGCUCCAAAACUUAUCUGAACAGAUGGAGUAUUUAUUUCUCUCUUUGCGUAGUAUUUGGAGACCGAUUGAGAUUCGAUGAAUCUGAAAUGUAAACUUGUGUGAUAUAUGAAAUGUGUAUGACUCUGAUCAUGUCAGUGCAAGUGUGAAUGAUAUUUAUUGGCUUGUGUUAAUUUAUUUUGUAAUUUAUAUUUUCAUAACAAAAAUAAAGUAUUUCAUAUAUGUGUA